AUGGCACGUCGCGCCGCGGAUAAGCGCGUCAAUCUCGCCGUUGCCAGAAUCAUACCUCCCAUCUUGAUUGGUGUGUUUGGUUAUGCCAGUUAUGCUAUCACGAAACCAUUAUGCGUCGACUAUCUCAUACAUCCUGCCCACCAUUAUGAUCGAAAGUCUCGGAGUGGCGCUGGCGCCGCUAUUCUUGCCGUUUAUUACGUCCUGCUGAUUCCUGUGUUGGCGACCUAUCUCCGGCUUUUGUAUAACGUUGUCUUGAACCCUGGUUACCUGCCGCGGGGUACAGCAUGUUCUCAAAGUCAGACCGACAGUGAUGGGUCAAAGCACCGUCAUCGAAGACAUCGCAGGAGGAAGAGCGGACAUCAUCGGUCCAAAACGACGGAGAAAACGGAUAGAUCUGACGGAGGCGACGUCGAACGAGGACUUGAGUACAAUGCGGGAGCAAAGGCAUACCCUCUGGAUGCGGAAGGAUUGGAGAGCUUCUACACCAAAGAUGUCUUUACAGAGCGCACCACUGUCGAGAGGUUGACCGAUGUGUCCGCAAGAUGGAUCACUUUUGCCCGUGACGGGAGGCCGGAAGAACCAAUGCUCAUUGGAUUGUCUGUCUCGCAUUCCACUAGGAGUUCUAUUUUUGGGUUCUUCGCCUUUGGAAUGACCAUAAGCUCUGUGCAACUCGCCGCGUAUAACCUGACAACGAUUGAGAACCUCAACCGCCGCUCGGCCGUGUGGACCUUGGCAAUACGCGUGCCGAGGCACAUCCUCAGCAAACGCUGGGCACCAACCUUCCGUACAAUUACAUACCCUCUCCCGCCUAUUCCUCCGGCUGAGUCGGAAGUCGCGCGGGAAUUCCCAGUCGGAGAACAGCAUGUGUUCGCAAUCCUACAGACCCUACCAGGGGAAAAUCCAUUUGACCUUGGAAGUCCGCUCAAGAAUAUACAGCAGGUAAUGGGUUUCUCUCUGCUCGAGUGGCUUCUCCCUAUCAAGCAAAGUCCUUGUGCGGACCACAGUAGUCACGAGAGCGCCUUUGCCCUCGGGCCCGUUGUGACAAGGUUGAAGAAAGAGGCUGGGUUAGAAACUUCCACGGAAUCGGAGUCGGCGGACCCUGCGGGUGCCGAAGAGACACCGCAGCAUGAACAACGACGAGGAAAACAUAGACGACGUAACUGA